AUGCCGCUUUCUCCCCCAACUUCGAACAACGGCGAGCCACUGAUGCAAGGAUUCCAUCACCUGCUUCAACAUAACUCGUAUACUGCCUACCCAGAACAGUACGACCAUGGCGAAGGAGGGCGACUCCAUUCAAAUUAUGGCUCGCUCAUCCCUUCCCAAGGUCGUCCGGACAGUGUAGGCCCUCGUAAUGGGUACCAAUACACACAGCAGUAUCUCGAACCAGGCCAUGGAAUGCCAUAUGUGAGUAGUUUGGUAUCGCCAAUGCGAUGCCAUAUCCACUGACACAAGAUUAGGACAAUGCAGAUAUGUAUGCGUACCAAGACCAAUACAGCACACCCGCAACGUCGCCACCAACUUCAUCAAUGGGUGGUCACGAUAUGAUACGAACAAGAAGUGGCCUCAUCCAGCAAAGACCUAAUCAGCAUCUGCGACCCAAGAACGAGGCCAGAUCGAAAACCGAGAAAUCACCCAAGCCUAAGAGAGCCAAGAAGGACAAAGUCAAGACGGUGAAGAAUGUACCACUAGUACCACUUAGCGAGCUGACGAAGGACUUCGAGCACAACCCCAUGGAGGAUAUCGAGGCAUACGUGAACCGCUCUGCAGAGGUGAGAAGAAAGGAGGUGGAUGAGGGAAAACAGCCGGGUAGGGUCAAGCGGCCCAUGAACUCGUUUAUGUUGUAUCGAAAAUGCUAUCAACACCGAGCAAAAGAGAUCGCUUUGAAUCAUAAUCAUCAAGUGGUCUCUUCAAUGUGUGGUGAACAUUGGCCAAUAGAACCAGACCAUGUCAAGGAAAAGUUUAACGAGUGGGCACGCGUCGAACGAAUCAACCAUCAUAAUGCGCACCCAGGCUACAAGUUCUCCCCAUCGAAACCAGGGGCAGCCAAGGGCGCGAAGCGAAAAUCUCCUGGAGUGGGCGAAGAAUUGGAUCUCCCAGAGUAUGAUUGGCAAGAGAGACAGGUCAAAAAAGUCAGAUCAUCGCCCCUUGCUCAAUCACAAAAUCGACCAGUCGCCUAUCCAUCCAGAGGGUCUGCAUACAGAUAUUCGCAAUCAAGAGAUGGUUCCAUGGAGCCGAAUUAUGCUGAGAGACCUAUGCAUCAAAAUCCGUCGCAUUUCAACAUGAGUAAUCCUCAUAUGCAACCACCGCCACAGUACAACCAAAUGUUACAGGGAGGUGAAUACUAUGAGCAAACGAUCCGACCAAAUCCCAAUUACGAUUUCGGAAAUUAUUGUUCUGCCGAAGACGUGCUUCUCAAAAAGACAGCAGCACCCGGCGUACACUCCUUCCUGGGACUUCCAGGUGGAUCGAGUGAGUUGGAUAUUAUGAACGGAAUGAUGCCUCAACAUCAACAGUUCGAUGGCAUGCCUGUCGGUGUCGGCCCAGAUCAAAAGAUCGACCCCUCGUUACUUUCUAGUCAAGGUGCUCUCCACGAUAACCCAGAGGGAAUCUACUUCGGAGACACGCAAUUUGAGGACCAGAAGUUCAUACCGUACGGAGCUGGGUUGAUUGAUCCAAGUCUAGGCGAUCCAGUCAUGGCAUUUUCAGACGCAGAGCCAAACCAGGAGGGAAUGCCACUACACGAUCCGCAUAUGGGCAUCCUUAAAGGACAUCAGGAGGGUUGGCAUGUUGAGUCAAUGGAUGGUGGCCCUGAAUUUGACAAAUGGAUGGACGGGGAAUGA